CAUUAUAUUUUGAGAUCAAACAACUAAUCAAUCAAAAAAAUGGAUGCAAAAACUUUGGUUCUAAGUGUGCUCGUAAUGAGUCUGUUCAUGGCACAAAUUCAAGUCGACGCCAAGAGCUGUUGUCCAUCCUCCACUGCUAGAAACAUCUAUAACACUUGCCGCUUUGGAGGAGUUCCAAGUUCAAUAUGUGUAGGCCUCAGUGGCUGUCUAUUAAUUGGUGGGUCGAAAUGUCCUAACGGAUAUACAUAUGACGUUCUCGAAAACACAGGUAAUGCUGUCCAAAAUUACUGCAAGUUGGGGUGCGUAUCCUCCGUAUGCGGUGCCCUAACCAUCCUCGAGAACUCUGAUGCAAGUAAAAUCGUGACUGGAGCGGUUGAAAAAUGUGUCAACGCAUGUUCUACCGUCUGCACCAAGGGCUCGAUGAAUGCAGUUGAAAUCGCCUAGACAACCAUAAAAAUACCACGGGUGAAGCCGUGAAGGAGGUUCACAAUGUUGUUGUUCUUCAUUUUUUCAAUAAUUGUCAUGUAUGUGACAGAUACACUGUUGCGUGUUUGUUUAUGUGUGUAGAAGGUUGUCAAUCUGUAGAUUGUAUAUGCCUUAUGUUAUGUAUC